CUGGGAGGGCGGGCCACGGCCUGGUUUUUUCCUCGAGUUCACGGCACCUCCAUUCAUCAUGUUCGCCUCCUUGUGCCGGCGGCGGCUCCUCCUCCACAUCCGCAAGAUCCCCGGCGGCGGCGGCGGCACAAAUCCCCUCCAGUCCAUCCUUGGCACCAUCCCCCCCGCCCGCAACAGCUACUCCUCGUCCGCCGUCGCCGAUGUCUCCAACUCGGAGCCCUGCCCCGACACCGUUUCCUACCUCAUCUCGUGCGGCCUCUCCCCCACCGCCGCCGCCGCGGCCACCACCGGUCAACGCCUCCGCAUCUGUUCCACUGACAAGGCCGACGCCGUGUGUGCCCUCCUCAGGCAUUACGGCUUCGCCAACGCGGACAUCAUCCGGACAUUGCGCAGCGCGCCGUCGAUCCUCAUCGUCGAUCCCGAACGGAUCCUGCGCCCCAAGCUCGACUUCUUGGCCUCCCUCGGCUUCGAGCCCCGCAAGAUCGCCACCGCGCCUUUCCUCCUCGCGCGCAGCCUCGACAAGCACCUCGUUCCGUCCAUCCAGUUCAUCCGCGGCAUCAUCGGCAGCGACGACGACCUCCGCCUCGGCAUCUCCCGCAUCCCUCGGGCCCUCAUGGCUGACGUGGACAAGAACAUGCGCCCCGUCGUGGAAGCUCUCCGCCGAUGCGGCUUGACUGAGGCGGCCAUUUCAAAACUCCUCGUCAUCAGGAUGGGCGUGCUCAUGGCGUCGCCGGAUCGCAUCAGGGAAAUCUUCGAGGAACUGAAGGCGAUCGAUAUGCGCAUCCCGGACUCGCGCUUCGUGUACUGCUUCAGUGCGAUGUGGGGCGUUAAGAGGGGCACAUGGCGCCGGAAGCUGGAACUGUUCCAGAGCUUCGGUGUGUCGGAGGGUGAGGUGCUCGAGGCCUUCAAGAAGCAGCCCACGAUAGUUCUUUUAGCCGAUGAGAGCAUAAAAAGGAAGGUCCAGUUCUUGCUGGACGAGCUGAAGCUUGGAAUAACUGAUAUAAUGCUGCAUCCUGUGAUUCUAAGUUAUAGCCUGGACAAGUGCAUCCUGCCAAGGUGCGCUGUGCUGACCGUAUUGAUGAGGGAGGGGAAGAUCCAGAGAGAUAUCAAGUUGCUCCAGGCAUUGCUCGGUAGUUCCAAGAUAUUCUCGACCAGAUAUGUAUUGAGGCAUGCCGAUGAUGUGCCAGAUGUUGUGAAGGCAUAUGAGGGUAAAAUUAAAUUUGAAGGAUUUGUCUAACAGGAUGGUGGUCUGCAGAAUGAUAUAUAUGUCUGGAUUACGCUUAUGUUUCCAGCAGCAGGAAUGUUAAAGAUGAUACACCGUUCUAACACUGCUACGGAGGACAAUUUUGCCCCAUUUGUAGCCCCUGUGUAAUCGGUAAUUAUAUCAUCUACUUUGUAAUUUAGCAGCUGCCAUCUUGUGUCCUCUGGCCCAUUGAACUGCAGAAUCAUAGUAGAUGAUGUACUGUUCUCCAAGUCCCUUGACCUGGUAUGUAAUUUUCAACUGGUUCUGCCAACCGUUUACGCUUUGUA